AAUAAAAAGAAAAAAAAUUUGACUAAAACUGAAUUUCAUGAGAUUAGUAAAAGGUAAAAUCUUCUUCAAUCGUCAAGUCCCAAACUGUAGAACAAAGUUCAUUUAUCUUGCUCCGAGAUCUGGUCAUCAUCUUCCGUAAGAGGAGAGGUAAGCAGGAAGAAAUGGCGAAAUCGAGCGCCGAUGAUCUGGAGCUCCGGCGAGCCUGCGAAGCUGCAAUUGAGGGCACCAGCCAGAAGGUUGUACUGUCGAUCCGCGUCGCAAAAAGCCGUGGUGUUUGGGGUAAGACGGGCAAAAUCGGCAAAGGUCAGAUGGCUAAGCCUAGGGUUCUUGCAAUCUCCACAAAAGAAAAAGCUCAACAAACUAAGGCUUUUCUCCAUGUCUUAAAGUAUUCAAAUGGAGGAGUCCUUGAGCCUGCAAAAUUAUACAAGCUGAAGCAUCUUUCAAAGGUGGAGGUUUUAACUAACGACCCUAGUGGAUGCACUUUUAUGCUGGGUUUUGAUAAUCUUAGAAGCCAGAGUGUUGCCCCUCCUCAAUGGACCAUGCGAAACAUAGACGACAGGAACCGUUUGUUGCUCUAUAUAUUAAACAUAUGUAAAGAUGUGUUGGGCCGAUUACCAAAAGUUGUGGGUAUUGAUGUAGUGGAGAUGGCUCUUUGGGCCAAGGAAAAUACACCUGUAGCCCCUAAGAAGAGAAACAUUGAAGAUGGGCCCACCACAGAAGCAGAUGUGGUUUCAGAAAGUGACAUGAAGGUUACAGUUGAAAAAGAACUUGUGUCUCAAGCAGAAGAAGAGGACAUGGAGGCUCUUUUAGGCGUAUAUGUGAUGGGUAUUGGGGAAGCGGAAGCCUUUUCUGAACGUUUGAAACGUGAACUUCAUGCUUUGGAAGCAGCAAAUGUACAUGCCAUUUUGGAAAGCGAGCCUUUGGUAGAUGAGGUUUUGCAGGGGCUUGAGGCAGCCUCAGUCUGUGUUGAUGACAUGGAUGAAUGGCUUGGGAUUUUUAAUGUUAAACUUAGACAUAUGCGAGAGGACAUUGAAUCAAUAGAAACACGAAAUAACCAGCUGGAAAUGCAGUCAGUAAAUAAUAAAGCUUUAAUUGAGGAACUGGAUAAGCUUCUUGAGAGACUACGUAUACCUUCAGAGUUUGCAGCAUGUUUGACAGGUGGCUCAUUCGAUGAAGCCCGCAUGCUUCAAAAUAUUGAAGCAUGCGAAUGGUUAACAGGCGCUUUACGUGGCCUUGAGCCACCUAUUUUGGAUCCAAGCUUUGCAAAUAUUAGAGCGGUCAGGGAUAAGAAGACAGAACUUGACAAAUUAAAAACCACUUUUGUUCGAAGAGCUUCCGAGUUUUUAAGAAACUAUUUUGCUAGUUUGGUUGAUUUUAUGAUAAGUGAUAAAAGUUACUUCUCUCAGCGGGGGCAACUAAAGAGGCCGGAUCAUGCGGAUCUCAGAUUCAAAUGCAGGACUUACGCUCGCCUCUUGCAACACUUGAAGAGUCUUGACAAAAAUUGUUUAGGUCCUUUGAGGAAAGCUUAUUGUAGCUCUCUUAAUCUGCUUUUACGGCGUGAGGCACGUGAAUUUGCUAAUGAGCUUAGAGCAAGUACAAAAGCAUCAAGAAAUCCAACUGUUUGGCUCGAAGGUUCAACUGGCUCAAAUCAAAAUGUAAACAAUGCAGAUACUUCCACUGUUUCAGAAGCUUAUGCCAAAAUGCUCACCAUAUUUAUCCCACUCCUUGUUGAUGAGAGUUCGUUUUUUUCACACUUCAUGUGCUUUGGAGUUUCUGCACUCGCUCAACCAGGAAGUCCUGCAAAUGGCAAUAAAUCCAACGAGGACGAUUUAGGCAUUAUGGACAUCGAUGAUAACGAUGACAGCAACAAUAACAACAACAAAAGUAUAUCAGAGCUAGGGGCACUAAACGAGUCACUUCGUGAUUUGCUUGAUGGAAUCCAAGAGGAUUUUUAUGCUGUUGUUGAUUGGGCAUACAAGAUUGAUCCUUUGAGAUGCAUAUCAAUGCAUGGAAUAACAGAAAGAUAUAUUUCUGGUCAAAAAGCAGAUGCAGCAGGAUAUGUUCGCCUCUUGCUUGAUGCUUUAGAAGAAAGAAUCACUGCACAAUUUACACGCUUUGUAGAUGAAGCUUGUCACCAAAUAGAAAGAAACGAAAGAAAUGUCAGACAAAUGGGUGUUUUGUCCUACAUUCCCAGAUUUGCGACACUUGCUACACGCAUGGAACAGUAUAUCCAGGGGCAGUCUAGGGAUUUGGUUGAUCAAGCAUACAUUAAGUUUAUUGGGGUGAUGUUUGCAACUCUGGACAAGAUUGCUCAGACAGAUCCAAAAUAUGCUGAUAUUAUACUUUUGGAGAACUAUGCUGCAUUCCAAAAUAGUUUGUAUGACCUGGCAAAUGUAGUGCCGACUUUAGCAAAAUUCUAUCAUCAAGCAAGUGAAUCUUAUGAACAAGCUUGCACACGUCAUAUCAGUGUCAUUAUAUAUUAUCAAUUUGAGCGACUUUUCCAGUUUGCUAGAAGAAUAGAAGAUUUGAUGUACACUAUCACACCUGAAGAGAUUCCUUUCCAGCUUGGACUGUCAAAAAUGGAUCUUCGGAAGGUGGUGAAAUCAAGUUUAUCAGGAGUGGACAAGCACAUUGGUGCAAUGUAUAAAAAGCUUCAGAAAAAUUUGACCUCCGAGGAAUUAUUACCAUCAUUAUGGGAUAAAUGCAAGAAAGAAUUCUUGGACAAGUAUGAGAGCUUUGCUCAACUUGUGGCCAAGAUUUACCCGAGUGAAACCAUUCCAUCUGUUACUGAAAUGAGAGACCUUUUGGCAACUAUGUAAAUUUGUGUCUUCCCCUUGUUUGUAAGUUCAGUUUUAUUGUAACGCAUCAUUUUCAAGGUUUUUUGUUUUUUUCUUUUUUUUUUUUGUUGUACUUAUUGGAUUUUGAUUAUACAUACAAAACAUGGUGGUUUAAGGCUUAAUGUUGUAAAAAAAUCAGCCAAUGAUCUAAGAACUUCACGUUAGUCUCUCACAA